UGUUGAUUGACAUGCAUUACUACUAAUAGUAGACAAAAUUGUAUAUAAAUGAGUUUACUAAAGAAAGUAUAAAAAAAAUAUAUUUAAGUUAACAAUUAAAUGUCUACAAUCAAAUUGAACUUGGUAAAAAGAAAAAAAUGAAGAAUCAUGGGAAUAUAUAAUGUGUAUUAGUAAAAUAGAAUAGAGAAAUAUAUUUGGAUAAGCAUAUAUACCAACUAAACAAUUACAUAAAUUUUAGUUUCACAUUUCAUAUCCGUCUAGUAACUAUGACGUCAUCAAAAUAUACCAUGAAAAGAAAACAAUACAAGUUACUAAUUAUUUUCUUAUUAUAUUUUUAUUCAAUUAAUUCACCUCAUUGUUAUGCUUAUUAUAAUUUGAACUCAAUGACAAAAAAUAAUCACUUAUCAUCGGAACUAAUCUCUAAGAAGGAUACCAUGAAUCAAUAUGAUCAUUCAUUAAAUAAUUUUCAUGAAUAUACAGAUUAUACAAAAAAUGAUCCAUUAAUAGAUAGUCAUUUAAUGAUGUCUUCAUUAAAUGAUGUAUUAUCUUCUUCGAUGUUGCCGUCAUCAUCAUCAUCGGCAUCAUCGUCAUUGUCAUCAUCAUCUUCAAUAUCUGAACCUGUAUCAUCGUCAUCAUCAUCACAUAAUGAAAUAGAAACACAUCGUUGUGAACCAAUUACAUUAAUAUUAUGUAAAGGAAUGUAUUAUGAAUAUACAAGAUUACCUAAUAUGUUUCAUCAUGAAACACAAGAAGAAGCAGGGUUAGAAGCUCAUCAAUUCUAUCCAUUAGUUCAAAUUAAUUGUUCAAAAGAUUUAAGAUUUUUAUUAUGUUCUAUUUAUACACCAAUAUGUAUUAAAGGUUAUCCACAUUUUUUACCACCAUGUCGUUCUAUAUGUCAACGUGUUAAAGCUGGUUGUUCACCAAUUAUGGAACAUUAUGAAUUUCCAUGGCCAGAACGUAUGAAUUGUGAACAAUUUCCAGAAUAUAAUAAUCCUCAAGGUAUAUUAUGUAUGGAACGUAAUUUAACUCAUGAAGAACAAUUAGAAUUACAAUCAAUUAAUAUUAAAAAUUAUCAAUCUAUUCAAUCAAUAAAUCAAUCAUCAAUAAAUCAAUUCAAUGAAUUAUCAAACAAUAUACGAGGAACAUCUGAUCCCCUAGGAAUAUCUCAUUCCCAAAGAACAUCUGAUCCCCUAGGAACAUCUAAUUCCCUAGGAACAAAUAAUUAUGAUCAAAUUAAAGCAUUAUCUAUAGAAGAUAUAGAAUUAAAGAAUCAAUUCAAUGAUGAUGCUAGUUAUAUAUUAUUUGAAGAAGCAAUCAAAAAUGAUAAUAUAAGUCAAUUAAAAAGUACAUUUCCUAAUUUACAUUUAAAAUGUACAUGUGAUUGUAGACCACCAUUAAUAAAUAUUAAAAAUUUAGGAAUGAAUACUCAUGAAAAGAUCACCGUGGCUGAUAUAAAAGAUUGUUCAAUGCCAUGUUAUACACCAUAUUAUCCAAUGAAUUCAUCAUAUCAUUUUACAACAUUUUGGCUUGGUAUCUGGUCAAUAUUUUGUGCUAUAUCAACAUUGAUUACAAUAUUUACAUUCAUUAUUGAUUCAUAUCGUUUUCAAUAUCCUGAAUUACCAUUAAUUUAUUUAUCUUUAUGUUAUUUUAUGAUAUCCAUGGGUUAUUUAAUUCGUGUAUUUAUGGGACAUCAAGCUAUAGCUUGUGAUAGUUUACCAAAUCAAUAUGUGAAUCUCCAAAAUGAUCUCACCCAAACUACUAUGAAUAAUAAUCAUGAUUGGUUUGACUACAAUCCAAGUAAUAUACAUGAAAAUUUAAAAAGUAUAACCAUUUUCCCAGAUACAAUAACAACAACAACAACCACAACAGUUGCUAAGGCAACAAUGACAACUAAUGAAUUAUCAAUGAUAACAAGUAAAACAAUUUUGAAUUUAUUAAAAUCACCAAAUCAAUUAAUACGUUCAAAAAUUUUACGUUAUGCAUUAAAUGGUAGAGCUAGUUGUGCAGUUGUAUUUUUAUUAAUUUAUUUUUUUAGUAUGGCAGCAUCAAUAUGGUGGGUUAUAUUAGCAUUGACAUGGUUAUUAGCUGCCGGUUUAAAAUGGGGCAGUGAAGCAAUAUCAAAAUAUUCUCAGGUUUUUCAUUUUAUUGCAUGGUCAUUACCAGCAAGUCAAACAGCAUUAGCCUUAUUAUUAUCUAUUGUAGAAGGUGAUCCAAUUAGUGGUUUAUGUGCAAUACAAUCUAAUAAAUCUAUACCAUUCUUAUUAUUUACAUUUAUACCAUUAUUAAUCUAUUUAAUUAUUGGUAUCCUAUUCAUGAUGAUCGGAUUCAUUGCCUUAUUCCAUAUACGUGGUACUAUUAAAUUACAAAGACCCCGUAUUAUAGAAAUCCAUAAACUGGAUAAAUUAAUUAUACGUAUUGGUAUCUAUGGUAUGUUAUAUACUAUACCAAAUCUAAUUGUAUUAUUUAUCAUUGGUUAUGAAUUACGUAAUACAUAUAUAUGGCAAUUAGGUAUUGCAUGUCAUUGUCAUUAUGAUAUUGGUCAAUAUAAUGAAGAAUUGGAACCAAUUCUACCCGUUGCAUUACCCAUAUGGAAACCCCCGAAACCAGAAUAUUCUAUUUAUAUGUUAAAACAUUUUAUGACUUUAAUGAUUGGUAUUAUAUCAGGUUUUUGGAUAUGGUCUAAUAAAACAAUUGAUACAUGGAGAAGAUUUUGUUUUACUGGUAAUAAAUGUUUAUUUCAAUUUAAUAAACAUAAUAAUAGUAGUAGUUGUAAUGGUUUAUUAGUUAAUCCAAAUUGUAUUGAACAAGAUAUAUAUCAUAAAAGACGUAUGAAACAUUGGAUACAAAUUCCAUCGAAUGUUUCCAUGGCAACUGUUACAAAGUUAACCGAUACACGAAUGAAAUCAAAAUUGAAUUCAAUGAAUAAAUAUCCUAUAUUUAUUGAGAAUAAUGAACAUUGUAAUACAACUGUAAUUACUACCACUACUACUACUACUACGACGACGACGACGAAGACGACGAUGACGGCGAUGUCAAAACAACACAAUACCACAUCAUAUGAUUUUAUCAAUAAUGGAACAUUAUCAAAUAUAAAUCCAUUACUUGCUUUAAAUUCAUUAUCUACACCAUUUUCUACACAUUCAUAUGAUGUACCUAAUCAUGAUAUACAAUAUAAAUCAUCAUUUGGUGCAUAUUAUUCUAUAGAUGGUAGUACCAUUUCACAACAAUACGGGGAUGUAAAUUCUUAUCAUACAAAUAAUAGUUUUAGUAAUAGUAUUAAUAAUAAUCAUAGUACUGUUGAUAAUCAAUUCAUGAUAACGAAUACAAGAAGUUAUGUAACACAAUUAUCCGGUCAUUCAAUGAAUCCCAGCUUUUCUACAUUAAGUAGUAGUUUGAAUAGUCCGCACAAAUCUUCAAUGCUUCAUUUAAACAACAACAAUAAAAAUAACAAUAAUAGUUUAAAUAUUGCUAAUAACCAUAGUUCCAUAAGUACAGGAAUUUCAAGUAGUGGAAUUAGUAGUGGACAACUAAAUGAUGGUUUAACAAGAACUGGAUCAAUAUUUACUGGAUCUGAAUUAAAUUCUAAUUCCAUAUCAACUAAAAAUAUAGAUUAUUAUUUAAAUGGAGAACAGAGAAGCUUUGAGUUGAAUGGAUCACAAGCAACGGCAGCGACUACUGCUACUACUCUCUCAGUGGUCAAUUAUGAUCGUUAUAUUGAUGAGAAUAAUUUAAGACGAAACAACCAUUCUAUUUGUGUUAAUAAUCAAUUUGUUUCGAAUAUGAUUAAUGAAAAUCGUAAAAACAACUUAUCGUUGGUACAAUAAACUAAUGGAUAUUGAACUUGCUUUAGAAUCUCUUCGGCAACAAACUAUGCAACAAUUAGAUAACAUCGCCAUCAUCAUCUUUCAAAUAGUCGAAUCGGCUUCAAAUGUUUUGAUUUAAUAAUGGGCAGAUACAUAUCAUAUGCGUAAAUUUACAUACCAAAGAUAAUAUGCAUGAUUGAAUGCUUAUAUUAUUGACUUGUACAAUAAACGGAGGCCAUAAAUGUGCCUUGAAUAUAUGUAUCCUUCGUAUUUCUUCAUAUAUAGGCCUAUAUUCAUAUGAUUUCUUCCAUUUUAAUGAGUUUCAUAAAUGUAAUGUGUAAACUAUCGGAUAAUGAUAAUAAUUUGCUGAAUAUGGUUUACAACUGCUCCACAUCUAAUAGUAAUAUUCAUUUUACAUACCAAUGACUUCAUUUGUUCAAUAUUUAACAUAUAUGACAAUCUAACAUGGGUUUUUUAUUUGUAAAUAUAUUUUCAUUUUUUUUA